UUGCACCAUCCUGAAUAGUGUGAGCAUGUGGUACGAAGAAAGUCGACCUGAUCAUUUCUCGACAUGCUUGCUCCGACAUCCGUCCUCGUCGUUGUGGUCGCCCUCUGUGGCGAGGCAUCUGGCCAAUCCACUCUAAAGCGAUGCGACUCUGGCAAGAUUGCAGUCACGUCUGUCCCGUUCAUGACCACACCUGCGGCGGAUGCUUGCGGCGCCGAAGCGUUGGGCGGCAAGUCCAUCCGCAGCAUCUUCGAGUCCAGCGUGACUCCCCCCGACACCAUUGCCAAGAUGGUGAAUACGCCUAGCUGUCAAACGUGGUGGUCCGAACUGUCGGCGCCGUUUGCUUUAUUCAAGCCAUGCAUGUACCUGGGUACAACGAUCCAGGACUUCUCCAAGCAGCCACUCCAAGCGUUCUUGGAAGCCAACAACAAGGAGAUCCAAAGCUUUGACCCGAAUCGACCGGCAGACACGAGUCCCGUUGAAACCGACGACGAAGGGGGUGGCGCUGCAUCGGUAGAAAGCACGACCGAAGUGCCACCGGAGACGUCGCUGGCUCCACCUUCUGUGAUAGAAACGUCGCCUGUGCCAGUUACCACUUCGACGCCACCCGCCACGCCUACAACUCAUCAAGUGACCUCUGCGAGUGCGUCCACCUUUGCCUUGACUACGUGGUUGUCGGUAGCAGCUGUCACCGCCGUUGCCUCGCUACUAUAACCCCUUGUUCGUUCGUGAUGGCCCUAGCGGCGUAGCCUUCCACACUACAAUGUCGGUGUCCCCAUUUAAUUCCACCGAGUUGUGUGGUUCUGAUG